GCAUUUUCCACCCUUUUGUCGUGGGGGGUGAGCUUUACACCGCGCCAUCUUCACUUUUAUGCCUGGGAAGUAAUCAAGGCGUGCGGAUUAUUAGUAAUUUAUUUCGUUUUGCGGCGUUUUAAAUACAACCUAGGUUUGAUUAAUAUAAUCAUAACAUGCCUGGAUCAGACCUGAGUGAAGAUGAAGGGGAAAAUAUAACGAUUGAUUGUGUUGAAGGGCAACAAGAAGAAGAGACGGAAGAACUCGGUAACGGAGGCGAGGAAGAGGCAGCUUUGGAUGAGACCAACGAAGAAAUAGACACUACCGCCGACCCCGAACCAGAGACCGUCGAAGGAACCGGUGUCGAUGGAGAUACACCUCCCAAGAAGAAGAAAAGAAAGAACAAGAAAAAGGAAAAGAAAGAAGGAAAAGGAGGAAAGAAAAGGAAACGAGAAGAGAAAGCCAGUGGGGAUGAGGAGGUCGCAGCAGCAGCAGCAGGUAGUGAUGUUGAUCUACCGGUAGGUGUUGAUGAAGAGGUCAAGCCCAAAAAAAAGAAAAAAGAUUCUGUUCCAAAGGAACCAAAAGAACAGAAGAGCUCUCUUCAGCUGAUGCAUGAGUUUGGUUACGAAGAGUUUGAGAUGGAGUAUGAAGAUGAGGACUAUGAAAAGAUGACAACCUAUAAACAGUAUUGUAUUGGAAUCCGACCGCUCAUACAGGAAAAGUGUCCGAAGAUCACACCAACAAAGAUGAUCACAUUGCUUGCUGCCCUCUGGAGGGAAUUUUCAUUGAUCAACCCUUUCAAAGACGAAGUAAAGAAGAAAAAGAAGAAUAGAAAAGUUGCUCCUCUUAGAAUUAAGCUUGGAGGAAGAAAACGAAAAGCAUCCUCAAGUGACAGUGGCAGUAAUUAUAGCGAAACUGAACUACUGGAAGAAGAAGCCCCCGCACCUUCCGACACAGUGGUGAGUAAGACGACAGCGCGUCGUCCCAGACCCCGCAAACCGCAGAAGAAACGUAAAAAGAAAACAACAAGUUUUCCCGGUGAAGAUGGCUACGAGACUGACCAUCAGGAUUAUUGUGAGGUCUGUCAACAAGGAGGAGAGAUCAUUUUGUGUGACACCUGUCCCAGAGCUUACCAUCUUGUGUGUCUUGAUCCUGAGCUGGAGGCUGCCCCUGAAGGCAAGUGGAGCUGCCCGCACUGUGAAGGAGAAGGGAUUCAAGCUGAGGAGGAGCCUGAUGAACACAUGGAGUUCUGUCGUGUGUGUCACGAUGGUGGUGAGCUGUUGUGUUGCGAUCAGUGUCCGUUGUCAUAUCACAUCUUCUGUCUGAACCCGCCCUUGAAGCAGAUCCCAGAUGGUGAAUGGCUCUGUCCAAGAUGUUCGUGUGAAUCUCCAAAGGGUAGAGUGCAGAAGAUAUUGACAUGGCGUUGGACAACACCUCCAGUGAACAUGGAUCCCCUGGACCCACAGUGUGGCAGUCCAACCAAGAAAGAACCUGGUGUAAAGCCAACACGCGAGUUCUUCUGCAAGUUUCACAUGAUGUCCUAUUGGCAUAGUGAUUGGGUGUCCGAGUUACAGCUUGAAGUUUUUCAUACCAUCAUGCAUCGUAACUACAUCCGCAAAACUGACAUGGAGGAACCGCCUCCACUUGAGGAUGGUGAAAGUUAUGGUGGCGCUAAUGAAGCAAAGAAAAAGGAAGAACAAUCUAAACCAGAGGAUGAUGUCGGAGACCCAGAUCAUCUUGAUCUUGAGAAUCGUUUCUACCGCUAUGGCAUCCAACCAGAGUGGCUCCAGAUUCAACGGAUCAUCAACAUGAAAACAGAUCGUUCUGGAACCAUUUGGUACUUCAUAAAGUGGAGGAUGCUGCCAUACGAUCAGUGUGCCUGGGAACUCGAGGAUGCUGUACGAAAGAUGCCAGAUGGACAGAAACAGAUUGACUACUUCUUCAACUUAAAGGAACAGAUUGAUCAAAAAGAUGGGAAGAAGAAAAGAGAUAAGAAAAAGAAGAAGGAUGGAAAAGAAGAUAAUAAAGACAAGAAGAAAGAGAAGAAAGAAAAAGAAAAACCAGAACCUGUGGUUGAUCCACGCAAGAAGUAUGAACAGCAGCCUGACUACAUCUCAGAGUGUGGCGGGAAUCUGCAUGGUUACCAGCUAGAAGGCCUUAAUUGGCUGCGUUACUCCUGGGCUCACAAUACAGACACUAUCCUAGCAGAUGAAAUGGGACUCGGCAAGACGAUCCAAACUAUUGCAUUUCUAUACAGUUUAUUUAAGGAGGGACAUUCAAAAGGCCCGUUCAUUAUCUCUGCGCCAUUAUCAACAAUCAUCAACUGGGAGCGAGAAUUUGAAUUCUGGGCUCCAGAUUUUUAUGUUGUUACUUACAUUGGCGAUAAGGAUAGCAGGGCUGUCAUUAGAGAACAUGAAUUCUCAUUCGAGGAUGAUGCUGUGAAAGGUGGAAAAAAAGCGUACAGGAUGCGCAAAGACUGCACGGUGAAGUUCCACGUUCUGCUGACAUCCUACGAACUCUGUAGCAUUGAUGCUGGAACCUUGCAGUCUGUUGACUGGGAAGUACUUGUUGUGGAUGAAGCACACAGGCUAAAGAACAAUCAGUCAAAGUUUUUCCGUAUCCUCAGUGGAUACAGCAUCAAAUCUAAACUGCUUCUUACCGGCACACCACUCCAGAAUAACCUUGAGGAAUUGUUUCAUUUACUCAACUUCAUGGCAUCUGCAAAAUUCAAUAAUCUCCAAGUUUUCUUGGAGGAGUUUGAGGAUAUUUCAAAGGAAGAUCAGAUCAAGAAACUGCAUGACAUGUUGGGACCACACAUGUUGCGUCGUCUUAAGGCAGACGUGCUUAAGAACAUGCCCUCUAAGAGCGAGUUCAUUGUACGUGUUGAUCUCUCACCUCUUCAAAAGAAAUACUACAAGUAUAUCUUGACCCGCAACUUUGAAGCUUUGAACUCCAAAGGAAGUGGUCACCAGGUGUCGCUGCUUAACAUCAUGAUGGACCUCAAGAAAUGUUGCAAUCAUCCGUACCUGUUCCCAACAGCAGCAUUGGAAGCACCUCGUCUUCCCAAUGGAGCAUAUGAAGUGAAUGCUUUGACAAAAUCUGCCGGGAAGUUGACUUUACUGAGCAAGAUGUUGGUUAAGCUGAAAGUUGAUGGUCACAGGGUGCUCAUUUUUUCACAGAUGACCAAAGUUCUUGAUUUACUCGAGGACUUCUGCGAAGGGGAAGGCUACAAGUAUGAACGUAUUGAUGGAGGUAUUACUGGAAAUUUGCGUCAAGAAGCCAUUGAUAGAUUUAACUCACCGGGUGCACCACAGAUGGUGUUCCUCCUCUCCACACGUGCUGGAGGUCUAGGUAUCAAUUUGGCCACUGCAGAUACUGUCAUCAUCUACGACUCGGAUUGGAACCCGCACAAUGACAUCCAGGCAUUCAGUCGAGCGCAUCGUAUUGGUCAAGCAAACAAGGUUAUGAUAUACAGAUUUGUGACAAGGUCUUCUGUGGAAGAGCGAAUCACACAGGUUGCUAAGAAGAAAAUGAUGUUGACCCACUUAGUUGUACGCUCUGGUCUUGGAGCUGGUAGCACCAACAAGGCAGCCAUGAGCAAGAAAGAACUUGAUGACAUUCUAAAGUUUGGAACUGAAGAACUCUUCAAAGAUGAUAUUGAUGGCAAGGAUGAUGAACUUGUGAUCCGUUGGGAUGAUAAAGCAGUUGCAGAUCUUCUGGACCGUGACAAAGAGGUAAAAGAUGAUGAUGAAGAGGAGCAGCAGAAGAAUGAAUGGGGUGCUAAUGAAUACCUGAGUUCUUUCAAGGUGGCUAGCUACACCACCAAGCAGGAAGAGGAGUCAGACGAGGAGGAGACGGAAGUCAUCAAACAGGAGCUGGAGCCAUCUGAUCCGGCCUACUGGGAAAAGCUCCUCCGACAUCACUACGAGCAGCAGCAGGAAGAUCUGGCACGGACUCUUGGGAAGGGAAAGAGAAUACGAAAACAGGUUAACUACAAUGAUGGUGCACAGGGAGAUGCUGCUUGGGAUGACAAACUCAGUGAUUACAACAGUGAUUAUUCUGUGCAUACAGAUGAAGAAGAGGAUGAAGACUUCGAUGAGAAAUCAGAACUCAGACGCAGUAGAAGACAAGAAAGAGACAAGGAUAAGUUGCCUCCUCUGUUGGCUAGAGUUGGAGGCAGUAUUGAGGUUCUUGGUUUCAACGCACGUCAACGUAAGGCGUUCCUCAAUGCCAUCAUGCGAUGGGGAAUGCCACCGCAAGAUCCGUAUAACUCUCAAUGGAUGGUCCGAGAUCUGCGGGGAAAGCCUGAAAAGCAUUUCAAAGCUUAUGUUUCACUCUUCAUGCGUCACCUUUGUGAGCCUGGCUCAGACAACACAGAGACAUUCUCAGAUGGUGUACCCAGAGAAGGAUUGUCACGUCAACAUGUUUUGACGAGGAUUGGCGUAAUGAGUCUUAUAAGAAAAAAGGUUCUUGAGUUUGAGCCGGUCAACGGAAAGAUCAGUUUGCCAGGAUCAGUCGACAUCAAUGCCAUCACUGGAAAAGUUGGUUCCCGCCAGUCAUCAGCUACACCAUCACCAGUGCCGACUCCCAAGAAUGCUGGUUCUCCAGCAGUAAAUGCAGACUCUAAGACCAAGGCAGAGAACCUCAAAGAUGAAGCCAGGUCUGAGGCUGCUUCGCCAGCUGUUGGAUCUCCUGCUGUAGAUGGCAUCAAAGAUGAGGCUAGGUCUUCUGCAAGUUCUCCAGCACCUGUUGCUGAUAACGCUAGUGCCCCUGUUGCUGAUAAUGCUAGUGCCCCUGCUUCUGAUAACGCUGGUGCUCCUGCUGCUGUAAAAGAAAUCAAAGAAAAGGCAGAUGAAGAAGAAAAUGAAAAAGGAGAAGAGAAAAAAUCUGUUGAAAAUGAGAAUGAAGCAACUGAAGAAAAGAAAAAUGAAACAGACACUAAAGAAGAAUCAACAGAAGAGAAAAUGGAAACCAAUGCUAAACCAGAUGAAUCAGAAGUAAAGGAAGAUGCUAAAGAAGAUGAAAAGAAAGAUGAGGAGAAGAAAGAUGAUGAAACAGAGAAGAAAGAUGAAGAAACCAAGGAAGAAAAAGCAGAGGAAGAAAAAGCAGAGAAUAAUCAGGAAGAGAAGAUGGAUGUAGAUCCACCUAAAGAUGAAAAUAGUGAAGAGAAAGAACAGAGUGGUGAGGGUGAGGCAAAGGAAGAAAAGAAAAUUGAAGAAUCAAAAGAAGAAAAGGAGGAAAGUGCAGCUGAUCAGAAAAAAACCGAAGUGAAAGAAGAGACAGAAGAGAAGAAAGAUGACAAAGAACAAGAAAACAAACCAGAUACUGAAACAAAGAAAGAUGUAAAAGACGAGAAAACUAGUUCCAAUGAUACAUCCAAGACUGAUUCAAAAGGAGAAAAGAAAGAGGUGAAGGAUGAAUCAAAAACAGGAAAGGAAGAGAAGAAAGAAGACAAGACAUUUGUCUUCAAUAUUGCUGAUGGUGGCUUCACAGAGCUGCAUACCCUCUGGUUGAAUGAAGAAAGAGCUGCCAAGAGUUCUGGUGAUAGAGGUGAUGAGAUCUGGCAUCGAAAACAUGACUUCUGGCUACUUAGUGGCAUUGUCAAACAUGGGUAUGGCCGAUGGCAGGACAUCCAGAAUGACCAGUGCUACAUGCUGAUCAAUGAACCAUUCAAAGUGGACGUUGGCAAGGGUAACUACCUUGAAAUGAAAAAUAAAUUCUUAGCAAGAAGAUUUAAGCUUCUGGAGCAGGCCCUAGUAAUUGAAGAGCAGUUAAGGCGUGCAGCUUACUUGAACCUUACACAGGAUCCAAACCAUCCAGCGAUGGCUUUGAAUGCGCGUUUUGCAGAGGUCGAGUGCCUUGCAGAGAGCCAUCAACACUUGUCCAAGGAAAGCCUAGCUGGGAACAAACCUGCCAAUGCUGUCUUGCACAAAGUAUUAAACCAAUUGGAGGAGCUCCUAAGUGAUAUGAAGUCUGAUGUGGCACGUUUACCUGCCACCCUCUCCCGCAUCCCACCAGUUGCGGCAAGACUACAGAUGACAGAACGUAGCAUCCUCAGCAGGCUCGCCACCAGAGACUCACAAUCAUCAGCAUCAAAGUCUCAGAGCCAGUCACAGCAGCAGGCGUCGCAUGCAUCUUCCUCACCGGCAUCAACACCAGCCCCAGCACCAGCACAUGAGUCCUCCCAGUCCAGCCAACAUCAACAGCAUGCCAGCUUCAGCUCCCAGAACCCUUAUGCAUCAUACAAGCCCAAUGCAAGCUUUGGAGGCAGUUUCGCCACAAACUACACCAUGUACAGACCCUCUGGCCAAUAUGGCAACCAGUAUUCCAGCAAAAAAAGUGCGCAACCUGUUCCUCAAGGUAAUGUACAGGUGCUGCCAGGCUCCAGUCAACCACAGGUGGUGAAAUCCCACCAACCCUCCACCAGUAACUACUACUCAACCAUGCUGAGUAAUGCCUCAAGUGCCAUCUCAAACUCAAAAGGUUCGCAUUCUGGCAAGGCCAUCCCACCGGUAGCACACCAGGGCUCAAGUAAAGCUUCCGAAGGAGGCCUAGGUGGGUCAGCACAACCCAAGUAAUCUGUCUGUACUCCAUCGCUCACAAGGCCCUGCUUGUGAUAGAAGCAGACCACGCACUUCUGAUGAAGUUAUUUUCAUUGAUUAAAUCAAAGGGAUAAUAGAAGCCAUGUCAGAUCCAGGGGUUUAAAUAAGCAACACAAGAUCCAAACUGGAGUCAAAGAGAUUAAAAAGUGCAAGUUCCAGGAGAUAAAGAAAACAAUUCAAGGUCAAGGAUUAAAAAUUCAUCAAUUAUUAAAGCUUCUAAAGAUCCACGGAUAAAGAAUGUAAUCCAAAAUCCAAAAGAUUAGGAAAUCAUGCAAGAUCAUUAGGAUUAGUAAAGCUGAAUAAAAUUCAUUGGAUAAAGAGAGCAAUCCAGGUUCCAGGAUUAAAAGUUCAUCAAAAUUCAGGGAAUUAUUAAAGCUACACAAGAUCCACGGAUAAAGAAUGAAAUCCAAAAUCCAAGAGAUUAAAAAAUUAUUCAAGAUCUAUGGGAUUAAUAAAACAAUCCAAGGUCUAGAGUGAAAAAAAAAUCUUCCAAGAUCCAGGGAUGAAGAAUGCAAGAAAGGAUAAUAAAGCUACACAAAAUCGAGAGAUAAGGGAUGCAAUCCAAUGUUCAGGAGAUAAGGUAGACAAGCAAAUACCAGAGGUCUAAAAAGCGAUUAGGAGUAAUUAAGAAAUCCAGUAUCCACAAUAAUUACUAUUAAGAUAUGAAUUUGCGUCAUCACUUGUGGGUCAUCACUCCCACAAUAAUUACCCUAUGCACAAUACUGUAGUUACUUAAAAAAAUCUUUAAUAAAACAACUCCAGUUAAUAAAGGUUAGAGAAAAGGCUAAUCAUAAAUAUAGAUUUAUUACUCUGAAAUUCUUGCUUCAUUCUUGUAUGUUCUAAAUUAAGAUAGGUGUAGUCUAAAUCAAAAGUGUUUUUUAAUAACCUUCAUACAAUAAGUAACAGCAAGACAAUUUUUUUCAUGGCAAAUUUAUGAUUAUGUGUAACCUUGCAUUGUUGCAUAUUUAAAUCAUUGAAUUCAUCCCAAUUACAAACUGUAGAAUCUUAGUUGCAGCUUAGUAUAUUUUAAAACUAUUUUAUCUUCUUGAGGGUGCUUGUCUAGGAUACAAACGAUUCACAAUGCAAAACUGAACUAUUUUCUAUUUUUUGGUAAAAAUUAUCCUGGAAUUAAAAUGGAUUUUCCUAUAUUCAAUAAAAUAUUUAAUUUAUCAAGUAUUCACACAGAUGAUUUUGAUACCGGUUUGAGAGCUGUAGUGGUUAGUUUUGGACUGGCAUAUCCUUGCUGUCCUACAGUAGCUUGUCCUUAACCCACUUGAUAAUUUGAAAUACAGUAUUUGAAUAUAUAUGUUCAUAGCGACCUGACCCAUGGCGUGCUCGAUGCUUGUCACUGGCUGGCUUGUUACAUUUGAAUUCCUUUAGAUAAAAUUGCAGUGCCCUAUUCAGACGUUCCUGUGCACACCUCGUUAUCAAUACUUCUCUAUAUUUCGAUAGGUAUGAAAAUGUUUAUUUAAAUAUCGCCUGUUGUUGCUAAUUUCCUGCAUGAAUAUAUAUUUGCAGAAUUCUGUGUUUUUAUCUCAAUGAGUCAUUGAUUAUUUCACAUUUUUAAUUCAAACCUAGAUUAUAAGGGAUUAAGAGGUAAUUCCUAAUCCUAAAUUUAAUUAUAUUAAUUCUCUCAAAACCUAUGCAGAUUAUGAAGCGUUUUUGUGAUAUUUGUCAUCUCUAUUAAUUUGUGUAUUGAUUCUAAUUGUAAAUUUCCCUAAUUAAGUGCAUGUUAACUGUUUUUAUCCGAAAGUAAGCUUUUUGUAUGCAAGGGUAUUUUUUUUGCAAAAAUAUCUGGCUAGGAAUAGAAUUAAUGGGAAAGAAAAUUCAGGUUGUAUUUAUUAAUUAUUAUGUUAACCUAAAUGCUUAAAAAUGAAGAAGAAAUAUUAAAGUGAAAUGAUAGCAAUUGUUUA